UGAAUAACCUCAUUUUAAAACGUCACUUUUAAAAUGCAAAUUGCAUAAAAUUUCAAAAUUUAAUUUAAAAAAACUAAUUUAUUUUUAUUAUAAAAAUGCUAAAGUUAACAGAAAUUAGUGGAAAUAUUUUUUCAGCAAGUGAAGAAUUUGCACUAGCUCAUUGUGUAGGUGCUGAUCUCAAAAUGGCAAAAGGAAUAGCUGUUGAAUUUGUUAAACGUUUUGGACAAAAGGAAAACCUAAGAAAGCAAAAUGUUCGUCGAGGUGGUGUUGCUGUUCUUAAAGAUGGUUGCAGGUUUAUCUAUUAUCUUGUAACAAAGGAUCUAAGUUAUCAGCCAACAACUUAUGAAACCAUGUUCUCAUCAUUGAAUGCAAUGAGAACUCACAUGCUUGCCAAUGAGGUGACCAAAUUGGCAAUACCCCGAAUCGGUUGUGGAGUAGAUAAACUCAUUUGGAGCAAAGUUAAGUCACAAAUAGAAGAAGUUUUUGCUAAUGAUUCAAUUGAGAUUGUUGUUUAUAAUUAUAUUCAAAGUAAUAACUAAAAUCUAUUUUGGCACAAAAACAUAAACGACUAUUUCUACUUCUUCGUCGCCGAAAACAGUAUGCAGCUCAGCACUUACUUUGUCCCAUUCAAGGCCAUCAAUACCGCAACCAAUUCUCGGAAUAGCUAGCUUCUGAACUUUGUUAAGUUUCUAAAUAUACAAAAAAAUCAAUGUUAUUUAAUGUUAAAAUAAAAAUAUAUAAUACAAA